ACCAUAGUACCGGCUGCUCAUACAGUGCAUUGAAGACAUGGAGAAGAAGAGGAUGAUCCCAAGAGUAAAACUGGGAACACAAGGAUUAGAGGUAUCCAAGUUGGGAUUUGGAUGCAUGACACUGAGUGGAGGUUACAACAACCCUCUGCCAGAAGAGGAAGGGAAAGCCAUCAUUAAGCAUGCAUUCAACCAAGGGAUCACCUUCUUUGACACCUCUGACCUUUAUGGACCUCAUACUAAUGAGAUCUUGAUUGGCAAGGCAUUGAAGGAGUUGCCUAGAGAGAAGAUCCAAUUGGCAACGAAGUUUGGUAUUGUGAACAUGUUUGGAGAUGGUGGUAUGAAGGUGAAUGGGAGGCCAGAAUAUGUGAGGGCUUGCUGUGAGGCCAGCCUCAAGAGACUCCAAUUGGACUACAUUGAUUUGUAUUAUCAGCAUAGGAUUGAUCAGACUGUUCCUAUUGAGGAAACUAUGGGAGAAUUGAAAAAGUUGGUGGAAGAGGGGAAAGUGAAGUACAUUGGCUUAUCAGAACCUAGUCCAGAUACAAUCAGGCGUGCUCAUGCAGUGCAUCCCAUUUCUGCAGUUCAAAUGGAAUGGUCUUUAUGGACUCGUGAUCUUGAACAAGAGAUUGUCCCACUUUGCAGAGAACUUGGAAUAGGAAUAGUGCCAUACAGUCCACUCGGUCGGGGAUUCUUCGGUGGCAAAGCAGUUGUAGAAAAUCUUCCUGAAAACACAAUCUUGGUUCAACAUCCAAGAUUCACUGGUGAGAACUUGGAGAAGAACAAAGCAAUGUAUAUGAGAGUUGACGAUUUGGCAAAGAAACAUCAAUGCAGCCCUGCUCAACUAGCUCUUGCUUGGGUUCUUCAUCAAGGGGAUGAUGUUGUUCCUAUUCCUGGGACAACCAAAAUCAAAAACCUGGAUAGUAACAUUGGUGCUCUGAAAGUGAAGUUAAAUGAGGAGGAGUGGAGAGAGAUUACAGAUAUAGUUUCUGCUGAAGAGGUUGCAGGGUCCAGAACUUAUGGUUGUGCUGAAUCAUUUAGCUGGAAGUAUGCAAAUACACCACUUCCCCCAUCAGCUUCAGAGUGAAGAUCCAGUCUUGGCUGCAGAAAUAAAUUGGAUUGAGAUCAGAGUCCUUUUUCAUGAUAUUUUGAACUUAGGAUCUUGUUAUAGAUAUGCAGAAAUAAGAAUACCAUUUUCAUCUCAUAGGACUCUUCAUUGAGUGCAAUCAUGUAGCUGACAGCGUGUAUUUCAUUCUGAUUGAUCAACCAGGUCAGUUAAUUUUAAUGUAUCGUUAUAUCAAUGCCAUAAAUUGGAUUGAAAACAGUGUGUAUUUUGUCCUAAAGUGAUGAUCAACCUGGUCAGUGAAUUUUAAUGUAUUGUUA